CGGAAAUGAAAGUUCACUAGCGACGGCAGCGGAGCACAGCUGAAAAAGAGCUGUGAUGCCAUGGCAGCUGCCAGUGUGAGCAGACCUGGCAGUGCCCAGACCACUGAAAAGUCUCAACUGAUCUUGAAAGUGGUUUCAGCGAAGCCUCAGUCUCCGAAGCUGCCAAACCGUCACUCUCGGCUCAGCUCCUUCGUGGAGGUGACGGCCGACGGACUGACUAGUGAAACCAAAAAAACAGGCAAACGCAGCGGACACCUAGAACUACAGUGGAAUGAAGACCUCACCCUUAAUGUGACGCCUCAGAGUCAUUUGGAUCUGAAGCUGUGGAGCUGCCACACCCUGAGGAAGGAGCUACUGGGCAGCGCGACAAUAGACCUGUUGGAUACACUGCGCACACAUGACGGCAAGAUGGAGAACGUCCAGCUGAGUCUGGUGCUGCAGACGGAGAACAAAGGCUUGGUUGUAGCGGGAGGCGAGCUCAACGUCUGUCUGGACGGGAUGGUUGUUGAUCUGGGCUCGUUGCCCAGUGGCAGCACGGCAGCAGACAAGAUGCUGCAGGCAGACAGACCCAACCUGAGGAGGACUCAGAGUGAGGACAGUCCCAGUGGAUCUGGAUCCCACAGCAGGAGUAACAGACUCUCAGUGGGGGGGUCUCAGGAUGGAUCCCCGGGGGGCUCCAGAGGUGGGGGGUCUCUGACUAACGGAGAUCUGAAUGAAGAGCAGAUCUCUGGGUCGGCCUCAUCCACUCACCACCGAUCCUCCAAGACUAACAGCAGCCCUGGAGGCAGCACAGAUAAAGUCGAGCUGACAUCCAAUGGCGUGGACAACAGCCGCGGGGGCGUGGUUCGCCACACGCCGCCCCCGUCCUCUCCGUCGGGCAGAUCCCCCGCUGCCGGCAGCAACAGCAGCAGCAGUGGCAGCCCCUCCCCUGGACAGGACGCCCUGAGCACGGUGACCCCGGCCGAACCCGGUCCAAACUCCACCUCCAACAGCGAACAGGCCGGCAGCAAUGCUACAGAGCCCAACACAGACACUCUCCCGGCUGGCUGGGAGCAGAGGGUGUUGCCUCAUGGAAGAGUCUACUAUGUCGACCACAACACUAAAACCACGACCUGGGAGAGACCACUGCCACGGG